AUGAGCAUGGCCUACUUGGACCCUGGAAACCUCGAAGCAGAUCUACAAAGUGGGGCCUACACACGCUACCAACUGCUCUACGUCGUUCUACUCAGCACCAUGUUCGGAGGCCUCUACCAGAUCUUAGCUGCCAGAUUGGGGGCCUGUACCGGUCGUCACUUGGCUCAAUUAUGUCGCUCCGAGUAUCCACCACUCGUCUCUUUCGGACUCUGGAUCAUGACGGAGCUCGCCAUCAUCGGCAGCGACAUCCAGGAGGUUCUGGGAUCGGCUGUAGCCUUCAAGCUUCUAUUUGGGUUACCUCUAUGGCUCGGUUGUCUGCUUACAGGACUCGAUACCUUCACAUUCCUGGCCCUACAACGAGCGGGAGACUUUAAAACUCGAUAUCUCGAGAUGUUCUUCUUGCUGCUCAUCGCCACCAUGUGCGUCUGCUUCUUCGCCGACUUCACCAUGAGUGAUCCAGACGGAAUAGAGAUUAUUAAUGGGAUAGUAGAGCCCAGAAUGGACAAACAGAACACCAUGCAGGCGGUAGCGAUGCUGGGGGCCAUCAUCAUGCCACAUAAUAUUUUUCUUCACUCAGCAUUGUGUUAUGCGCUCAGUAGUAAUCCUAUUUCGAGUUUGUAUGGGAGAGAUAUCCAGACGUCGUGUAUUCCAGCAAAGGCAGCGUUGAGCUCGGGGAGUACGAUUUACGAUGCUUUUACGGGCAAUAUCUGUGUCUUUGGUGGCGAGAGUGUGUUUAAUGAGGAUAUGACCGCGGACAUUAUCAAUACAGUGACAACAUGCACACCGUGUUACGUGGAUGGACGUGGAGAUAGGUUUGAUACGGUAUCGUUUGGGCUGGGGCCGACAGCUGGAUAUCGCCAAGAGAUUGGUCUAGCACAGGCUGGCGAGGCAGUACGUGAAGCACUUGGUGGGUAUGCGAAGGUAGUGUGGGCCAUUGGCUUACUUGCGUCAGGUCAGGCUUCGACCAUGACUGAUACUUACGCUGGCCAGUUCGUCAUGGAGGGAUUUUUGGAAAUCCGGAUUGCAGCUUGGAAGCGUGUGGCGCUUACGCGAGGAGUGGCAUUGAUCCCAGCGAUUCUCGUGGCGCUUAUCAGUCAAGAUCGACAAUUCCAGAGCGACCGCUUUAACGAGCUCCUUAAUGUACUCCAGAGUGUUCAGUUGCUUUUCGCACUUCUGCCGUUGCUCGCAUUUACCACAAGCACGAGGCUGAUGGGGCCACUUUUUGUAAAUAAUAGGUGGAUUGGAGCUCUACUCGUCCUUGGAUUGGUCUGGUCGUCGUGGCUGGGUUAUAUAUGA